AUGUGCCAUAAUGGUGGUCUGCGUCGUGUCCCAACCGGCGACCCAGCGCCCACUUUCGCGCUCGAGUCCACGCGGAAGCUUUUCGUGUAUAUAAGGGGCUGCGCGCGCCGUGGUAGCCACACACCGGCCAUCCGUGUCAAAACACCACCACCUUCUCCAGCAGCAGCAGCAGCAGCGGCACACGAGAUCAUCUACGACUACGUGGCGCCGGCCAGCUACCGGUUCGACUACGCGGUGCGCGACGGCCACACGGGCGACGCCAAGACGCAGUGGGAGCACCGCGACGGCGACACCGUCCGAGGCGCCUACUCGCUCGUCGACGCCGACGGCACGACGCGCAUCGUCGAGUACACCGCCGACCCGCACAACGGCUUCCGCGCCGAGGUCAAGCGCCUCGGACACCCCGCGCCGCCGCCCCCGCAGCCGACCUCAGGAGAUAUGAAUGAUGCCUCUGUUCUUGAGGAUGAUGAAGCGGAAAAGCACAAUGAAGACAGUGCACCGCCACCUAACACUGCUGCUAAGCCUUUCCACUGCUAA